AUGGCUCCCUUAGCCGAAGUCGGGGGCUUCCUCGGCGGCCUGGAGGGCUUGGGCCAGCAGGUGGGCUCGCACUUCCUGCUGCCUCCUGCCGGGGAGCGGCCGCCUCUGCUGGGCGAGCGCCGGGGCGCGGGGGAGCGCGGCGCCCGCGGCGGGCCCGGGGCUGCGGAGCUGGCGCACCUGCACGGCAUCCUGCGCCGCCGGCAGCUCUACUGCCGCACGGGCUUCCACCUGCAGAUCUUGCCCGACGGCAGCGUGCAGGGCACCCGGCAGGACCACAGCCUCUUCGGUAUCCUGGAAUUCAUCAGUGUGGCAGUGGGACUGGUCAGUAUUAGAGGUGUGGACAGUGGUCUUUACCUUGGAAUGAAUGACAAAGGAGAACUCUAUGGCUCAGAGAAAUUGACUUCUGAAUGCAUCUUUAGGGAGCAAUUUGAAGAGAACUGGUAUAAUACCUAUUCAUCCAACAUAUAUAAACAUGGAGACACUGGCCGUAGGUAUUUUGUGGCACUUAACAAAGAUGGAACUCCAAGAGAUGGUGCUAGGUCCAAAAGACAUCAGAAAUUUACACAUUUCCUGCCUAGACCAGUGGAUCCAGAGAGAGUUCCUGAAUUGUACAAGGACAUACUGAUGUAUAGUUGA